AUGACAAUUCAACGCAGUACAUAUUUCCGGUACCCACUAAGUGAGACCUACGAGCCGGCUGCCCUCCUGACAGAGGAGGCGCUAGCUCACAAUGCCCAAGCAACUGCCCAGAGUUUUCGGGGUUUCCGUGAUGAGGACUACCCGAGGGUCACCCCACUGUCGUCUGGGCUUCCCGACCCAACGCACAUCUCUGGUCUGCUUAGGCGGCCUCCUCCCCAACUUGGAAAAGGCGACCCGGCGCGGCAGCCCGAGUCGGGCAUGCUCACUGGCGCAGGCAGGGCCAGCACCGAGCAGGAAGCGCCCGCGCUAGGCGGCCCCCUGCGCUGCCAGCUGGAGCCGGGCGGAGCCCGCGCCCCGGCGCAGGGUGGCUCUGCCAGUCCCCGCGCGCCUGGGCGGCCGCACACGUGUCCAAGCGUCACGUCCGCGCGCGCCCCCGGGGCUUGCGUCAGCUGCUGCUCUAGAACCUGGGUGAUCUCGGGCCCCGGCGGCGGCGGUGGCGGGGCCGGCCCGGUGUCCCCGCAGCACCACGAGCUGACCUCGCUCUUCGAGUGCCCUGUCUGCUUUGACUAUGUCCUGCCCCCCAUCCUGCAGUGCCAGGCCGGGCACCUGGUGUGUAACCAAUGCCGCCAGAAGUUGAGCUGCUGCCCAACGUGCAGGGGCGCCCUGACGCCCAGCAUCAGGAACCUGGCUAUGGAGAAGGUGGCCUCGGCGGUCCUGUUUCCCUGCAAGUAUGCCACCACGGGCUGUUCCCUGACUCUGCACCACACGGAAAAGCCAGAACACGAAGAUGUCUGUGAAUACCGUCCCUACUCCUGCCCUUGUCCUGGGGCUUCCUGCAAGUGGCAGGGGUCCCUGGAAGCCGUGAUGUCCCACCUCAUGCACGCCCACAAGAGCAUCACCACCCUCCAGGGAGAAGACAUCGUCUUUCUAGCUACGGACAUUAACCUGCCGGGGGCUGUCGACUGGGUGAUGAUGCAGUCGUGUUUUGGCCACCACUUCAUGCUGGUGCUGGAGAAGCAGGAGAAGUACGAAGGCCACCAGCAGUUCUUCGCCAUCGUCCUGCUCAUCGGCACCCGCAAGCAAGCCGAGAACUUUGCCUACAGACUGGAGCUGAACGGGAACCGGCGGAGGCUGACCUGGGAGGCCACACCCCGGUCCAUCCACGACGGCGUGGCCGCGGCCAUCAUGAACAGCGACUGCCUUGUUUUUGAUACAGCCAUAGCACAUCUUUUUGCGGAUAACGGGAACCUUGGAAUCAAUGUGACUAUUUCUACAUGUUGUCCAUGACACACCAUGUGGCUUUCGUAAACCGUCAAGGUGAUUCGGACAUAGCACUCUAUGUUUAAUAAAGGUUUUUACAGUUCUUUUAUUCAAUAUGUCUUCACAAGCGAGGACCCACAAUUACCCCGCAUUUUAUUUGAACAACAGCUUCUCAUCUGGCAUCGAACCAACAGAGUUUAUUAAACGGAGAUGAAUGGGGCUGGCUUGCUAGUAAUGGGAAGCUGUUCUGUGAUCUCAAAUCGGCUCUAUUAUUAAAUGUUAUUUACUUCCUGGCGACACUUGACAGGGUGCGCAGGGCUCCUGUAGACCAGUGUGUGAGAUGGUGGAGGCUCCUGCCCGCCCAGUCCCUUGACGUUGACAGCAGCGCAGUGACUGUCAGCACAUUUCUUUACUUUUGUUUUCAGGGGUUAGAAAUUAUGUUCAUCCAUUUUUAAAGUGUUUUUCUAACUGGGUGGCUGACCAGGAUGUGCAGAGUCACCUAAAGUCUCGUCUUAAACCUGCAGAUACAGGGAGCCAGAAUCUAACCAAUCACCAGCUGAUUCUUUUCAACAGUGAAGUUCGAGAAUUAUUGGGUUAAAUGGUGGGAAAGGGUCCAGAUUUUAAAGGUGCUUUAAGAUUGCCCUCUAUUGAUACUGUUUGUCUUUCCACUGUUUCAUUCCCGCCCCCCAUCUUCUCUUCCCCAACCCUCAAAUGAAAACUAGAACUGUAGAUCCACUGAACACGCUCCUGAGAUUGGUCACUCUUGUGUCUGCGUGGACUGCCUAGGAGAGCAAGCCACGUGACCGUUGA